GAGAUAUUCUAUUUACCCUAAAAUUUCCCCAAAUCCUCUAUUCUUACGCUCCAAAAAGUUUCCCUCAAAAUUGUUGAUUUCUUACUUGGGAGUCUCGCAUUCUUACCUGGGAUUUCUUACCUAAUUCCGCUCAUGAUUUGAAACUUUCUCCCAAUUUGAUUGUUUUCUGUGCAUCGCGUUAUGUGAUCAUGGCGAGCAUUAAGUACAAUAUUCCAAAAGACGGUAAAUUAGGGUUUCGUCUGGCUGAAUCGGAACCUAAAUUCAAUUGGCGCAACAAUCCCAGAAUCGCUGACUGUCGUAGAUUAGUUACAAACUCAAUUCAGGUGCAUCUUGUACAAAAUGCAUCUAUGAAUUUUGCGCCGGAAAUUCCUGCCCUUGCUGCCUACCUGGAAAAUCAACUCUUCAAGGAUGCUCUUUCUGAGAAUGACUACAUGGAUCGAGAGAAAUUGCUUAUUCGCGUACAAAAUUUAAUUAAUUUGCGUUGGACUUCUGCUCAGCAUGAACCAAUGCAUGCCACUACAUCAUUACCAACAUAUGUCUCUGCUCCAACUCUUGGGAUGAAGAGUAACUUAAUUAAUAAGCCACUUUGUGAUCAAUACACGAUUGCUGAUACUGGCUGUAUGUUGGAUCGUGCACCAAAAUUGCUAGCUGAUGUGCCAAGGAGUAGUAUAUAUGGAUCGCAAAAAUGUAUGUUGGAAGCAAAUCUAUGGCAGCCUGAACUAGUGCCACCAAAUAACCACUUUUCUGGAAUGGGAUUUUCUAAUGCCGAAUCUGGUGAUAGUGGAAUCACUUACUCUGGUUUGCAGUAUGAUUCUGAGGCAUCCUUUGAGAGUCAUCGUUACAAAUAUCAGGAUUCUACCAAAGGUGAGGCCAACUUCGACAUCUUUAAUGACAUGAAUUCUCCUUCUGUGCAUACAUCUGCUAUGGCGAGAGAGAAUUUGAAAUUUGAAGUUUCCUCUGUUUCUGAUGGUUUGUAUAUGCGACAGCCAGUUCUGGGAUCCCUGCAGCUUAAACAACAGCUCUCAUGUUUAGAAUCUCAUAGCGAUGGACGCUUUGGGGAGAACGAAUCAUUAGGAAGUUUACCAGUGCAAAAUAGAAAUUUGUAUGCACUUCCUGGCACCACAUCAACCUCUAGCAAUACACAGCAGCUUCCUGCGGUGCUCCUAGUCAAUUAUAUUAUUUACAAUUUGAGCAGAGGGAGGCUUAAAGUUCCGCUUUUGGAAUUCCUGCAUUCACGGAAUUGCGAAGGUGGCAUCUGCAAAUGUGAGGAACAUAAGUGGUUCCUCUCACAUUAUGAUGAUUGUGGCUCUGCUAACUGUAAUAUUUGUGGACCUGCUGUUAAGGAAUGUUCUGCAAGGGGUAUUAAUAUUGUGCAACCUGGAUUAAGAAAACAAAGAAUAGGUGUUGAUAGGUUGACACAUAGUAAUGAUUGUGGCAAGAGAGUCUGUGUUAACACUUCUGAAGACCUUAUGAAUCCUGCAAAAUCUAGGAAGUUGGAUUCCUCUCCUAGAAGUGAUUCACCAUGUGAUGUUUCUGUAUUAACUGAGGAGCCAUUCAGUCCUUCAGGACCUUUGAACUUUGCGCAACCGUCUGUAUCUCAAAUGAUGGCUACUAUUGCUAACCCAGGGGCAAAUGUGGAAAUUACCACUAGUCACACUAAUGAUGCUCUAAGAAUUAGUGAAGUUGACAACAGCCAUCUGGACGACGUUCUGGGAUCUGGUGAUGCAACCCUUCCUUCUGAAGGCGUGUCUGCUGUCGUUCAACAGAAAGAUGAAAGGGUUUCUAGUCAUAUUUAUGAUGCCGCAAGGCUUAGUCAAGAAGGCAAUGGCACCCUGAAGGAUACCUGGAGAAGCAACUCUGAUGAUGUUACCAAGUUUUCCGAUGACCCAUCUGCCGAUGAUUUCUGUCAGAAAAAGAUUGAACCUGCAGUUAAUGAGCUCAAAGUUGAGGUUCCUGAUAGCCGCUGUGAAUUGCCAUCUGAUUAUGUUCCGACCUUUUGUGAUGACAAGUCUAUUGCUCCAAAUGUAGAUUUUACGCCGGGAAGGGAUCCAGAAGAAAUUCAACCUAGGAUAAAUCAGGAAGGUUUUCCACCAAUACCUGGUUCCUGGACUGGGAUGAAGUCAGAAAAACAGAAGGUGGAUGGCAUCAGUUUAAUUGACUUUUUUACACCUGAGGAAAUCAAACAACAUAUUUCUGGUCUCAGGCAGAAAGAUGAUCAGGGCAUAAUCAAGGAAUUAGUGGGAAAUGGAGCAAGCUGUUCAGUUAGUGAGAAUUUCUGUCAGCUGUGUGCCUUGCCUCAGCUUGCAUUUUCACCAAUGCCAUUAUAUUGUUCAUCCUGCGCUGGACGUAUAAAGAAGAAUGCAACAUAUUACUCCACAAAUGACAAAACUUGUGAUCCAUUUUUCUUUUGUACCACAUGUUAUAACAAGUGUCACCGUGAAUUUACAUUUUAUGGGUUGUCUUUUUCUAAGCCCAAUCUCGAGACACUAAAGAAUGAUUCUCUUACUGUUGAAUCGUGGGUUCAAUGUGAUAGAUGUGAAGGAUGGCAACACCAGAUAUGUGCCCUCUUUAAUGACAAAAAAGACUUAGGAGGUAAAUCAGAGUAUCUUUGCCCAAGGUGCUAUUUAGAAGACCUUGAAUUUGGGGUGCAUAUGUCUUUGCCACGGUCUUCUUCUUUGGAUGCAAGUAAUCUUCCUCAAACUUUGCUCAGUGAUCAUCUUGAGCAACGACUCUUUGAAAGUCUUAAGGAAGAGAGGAAAAAUAGGGCAAAGGCUGCAGGAAAAAAUCCUGAAGAGGUUCCACAUCCUGCUGAUCUUGCUGUGAGGGUAGUAUCAUCUGUUAACAAGAGAGUGAAAGUGAAGCAGCAGUUUCUGGACAUAUUUCCUGAAAAGAGUUAUCCUGCAGAAUUUCCUUAUAGAUCAAAAGUUAUUCUUUUAUUUCAAAGGAUUGAAGGUGUAGAUGUCUGCCUUUUUGCCAUGUAUGUCCAAGAGUUUGGGUCGUCCUGUAGCCAGCCGAAUCAAAGAUGCGUUUAUAUUUCUUAUCUUGAUUCUGUCAAGUAUUUUAGGCCUGACACAAAAACAGUGAAAGGAGAAGCUCUUCGGACUUUUGUUUAUCAUGAAAUUUUGGUCGGAUACCUUGAUUAUUGCAAGAAACGAGGCUUUGUCACCUGCUAUAUAUGGGCCUGUCCACCAGUCAAGGGAGAAGACUAUAUUCUAUACUGUCAUCCAGAGACGCAAAAAACGCCCAGACCUGACAAGCUGCGGCAGUGGUAUCAAUCAAUGCUAAAGAAAGCAACAGAAGAAAAGAUUGUGGUGAAUUUCUCAAAUUUAUAUGAGAAGUUCAUUGCACCUACUGAAGAAUACAACACAAAAGUUACAGCAGCCAGGUUGCCUUACUUCGAUGGUGAUUAUUGGUCUACCGUUGUUGAGGGUAUGAUUAAAAAGAUCGACAAAAAAAGCAGAGGGAACCCUCAAGAACAGCUUAAAGGUUUUACAAAGCGGCGUCUCAAAGCUAUGGGGCAUACUAAUCCUUCAGCUGAUGAUGCAAAAGACAUCCUUCUGAUGCAAGAGCUUGAACAAAGUAUAUCAUCAGCAAAGGAAGACUUUAUUAUUGUGUACUUACAAUUCGUCUGUACGCACUGCCAUGAAAUCAUAUCAGGGAUAAGGUGGUUUUGUAAUCAGUGCAAAAACUUCCAGCUAUGUGGAAGAUGCCAUGAUGUGGCUAAGCAAUCUGGACCAGCAGACACACACAUGUCUAGUGCUGGUCAGAGACAUGCUCUCUCUCAGGAGGUGGUGAAUGAUGUACCAGUUGAUACUGAAGAUAAUGAUGCCAUUAUGGACAAUUGUUUCUUAGAGAACAGGCAUGCUCUUUUGAGUUUCUGUCAAGGAAAUCACUAUCAGUUUGACUCUCUUCGUCGUGCAAAGCACUCCUCUAUGAUGAUUCUGUAUCAUCUCCACCAUCCAAAUGGGUCUAACGCUGGGACUUCUUGCGGAUUGUGCCUUAAGGAUAUAAUAAGUGCUGAUCCAAGAUGGAUGUGUGAGAUAUGCCCGGAGUUUAAUGUUUGUAGCUCAUGCUAUGAGAAACGUGGUGCUUUUUGCCACAAUCACACGUUGAUGCAUCAUCCAUCCACAGCAAUUAGGAAAACUGAAGUUAAAAUGGAAGAAUUGGUCAAACAGCUGCUUGAUGUUCUAUUACAUGCAUCACGGUGUCAAACAACUACGAAUCAUCCUUGUUCUUAUCCAAAUUGUGUGAUUCUGAGGAGACUCUUUUCCCAUGCACAUGCAUGUAGUAUUCGAGUUGCUGGUGGGUGUCGUCAUUGUAAGAAGACCUGGUUUAUUCUAUUGAUGCAUUCUCGAAAGUGUAAAGAUUCGAGUUGCGGUAUCCCACGAUGCAUGGAGUUGAAAAAUCAUGCAAGAAGAAUUGAAUUAGAAAGUGCGUCCAGAUGUUUGCCGUCGGUCAGUGUUAUAAACUGACCUUAAACUUUCAUGUACAGCAGCUUUAUAUGAUUUGUGAGGACAGAAUACUGUUUGUACAUUCUUUUGGUGAGAGGCAAUUGUACAGGUAGAUAGCAGCAGGAAUCUUUCAGAAGUAAAUCUGUAGAGUUAUUCAGAAAAUAAUGAGAGCAUUAAGGGGCGAAAAUUAUUCCUCUUCUUAGGAUGAGUUUGUAUAUACAGGUUAUAACCUCGCAAUUUUUGUAAUCUUUCCCCCCAUGCUCGAUGUAAAAAGCCCCCUUGUGUGGUGCUAAAAUAAAUCCUAAGCUUAAGUAUUUGUAGUCCCUUAGAAAUCUCAUUUUGAUUAUGAGAAACCAGCAUUUUGGCGAGCUGAAAAGGUUACAUUGUUCGUUAUGUUAUGUAAUUAGUUUUCUCUUAUUCCUCAAAAA